AUGACUCUCUUGGGAUUCGUUGACGACGUUAUUGAGCUGCGAUGGCGAUACAAACUCAUCAUACCGUGUAUAGCCACGCUUCCUCUAGCCCAAGCCUACUGGUCGCAACACCAAUCCACUACGAUCGUUUUUCCAUCGUACUCUCACCCAUCGACCUUAAUUCAAGCUUUGUGGGAACAAUUUUGGGCACUUCGAAGGACAAUCUCUCCGUUCUCGGCAAAAUCGUCUCCAUCUUCGCCGAAGUCAGCGGAGAGCCCUACGGCACUGCGAUCGAUCUCCGUAGUCCAACGAAGAGGAUUCGAAGUAGACGGAUGGUACUACAUUUACAUCGUAAUGCUGUGCAUUUUCUGCACGAACAGCAUCAACAUUUACGCAGGCAUCAACGGACUCGAAGUGGGACAAUCGAUCGUGAUCGCUUGCUCUCUUCUGUUUAUCAACAUCGUCGACAUCCUCAUCGGCGGCGAUGCGGACUACGUGCAGAAUCACGUGUUUUCGGCCACGAUGGUGCUGCCUUUCAUCGCGGCGUCGCUCGCUUUGUUCGACUUCAAUUGCUAUCCCGCGAGGGUGUUUGUCGGGGAUACGUUUACCUAUUCUGCGGGCGUGACGUUUGCGGCAGUGGGGAUUUUUGGGCAUUUUAGCAAGUCGCUGCUUCUGUUUUUUAUCCCGCAACUCGUGAAUUUUAUCCUCUCGCUGCCUCAGCUCUUCAAAUUGAUUCCUUGUCCCAGACAUCGACUUCCCAGAGUCGAUCCCGACACGCAGAAAUUGAAACCCAGCGUGAUCUCGAGUAAUCCAACGAGUCCGUAUUAUAAUCGAAUCAAUCUCACGUUGAUCAAUGUGGUUCUUUCCUUGUUUGGACCUCUGGGCGAGCACACGACCACUCGGGUGUUGCUGGGUGUUCAGUUCUUCUUUUCUGUUGUUGCUGUUGUCCUUCGAUACAAAUUUGGAAGCGUAUUUCCGGUUCAGGUUGUGAAUGGUGUAAAUGCUUAA